AUGUCCCAAGAACUUUGGCGAUCCUCCUCGGAACUUUCAAUCGGAGAGAUAUCAAGAUAUAGAAUAAAAUUUGAUCAAUCACAAAAUGUGAAUUCGUUUCCGCCUCCCAUCCAGAACCUUGUUAUAAAAAUCACUAAUAAGACCCCGUCGAUUUAUCGUGUAGCAGUUUUAUCGGGACCUUAUAACAUUUCGGCAUCCGUUAUCUCGACAAAUCAGAUUAAGCAACCACAAAUCCUUUGCUACAUCCCUCAAUGCAAACCAAUGAUUAGUUGUGGUAAAUCGAUGAAAUCAAAUUUAACAAUUCCUUCAAACAAUGUUGAAGAAUGGACUGUAGAAAUCAUUAGUGAAGCAUUAUUUUCUAACAUUAAAGUUAAAUAUGAAGUCAGUUUAUAUGCCUUCAUCUCAAAAGAUAUCAGCAAAGAGAUGUAUUCUUCUUUGAUUACAUAUGAAACCUAUAAAACAGUUGAUAUUCUUGGAUUACGUAGACUUUCAUCAUCAGGUUCCAAUAAUGACCUUCAUCUCAUUAUGUUAACACAUGGAUUGCAUGGGACAGUUUUAGAUAAAUUAUAUUUAAAAGAAGCUAUUCAAGAGAGGUAUUCAGAUAAUAAUAAUAGAAUAAUUGUUUACACUUCAGAUAUAAAUCACUUACUCACUGAAGAAGGUAUAGAGAAAUGUAGUAAAAGGUUAGCUGAACAUGUAUUAAGAUAUAUUGGAUGGAAACAAUUUGAUAAACCCAUAAUUUCAAAGAUUUCCAUGAUUGGUCAUUCUUUAGGAGGAUUGUUUAACAUAUUUGUGGCAGGUUACUUGCAUGAUGUCACAAAUGGAACUUUCUUUAAAAAGGUUAAACCAAUUCAUUUUAUCACAAUUGCAAGUCCUUUACUCGGUUCAACUGAAUUGGCCUGGUAUAUCAAAUUCCCAAUGAAAUUAGGUUCAUUUGGUAGAACUGGUAAAGAGUUAAUCUUAAACAAACAUGCAAAAGAUGUAGAACCUUUGAUCUUAUCCUUGUCACAUCCAUCUUCAUCAUCUCAUAUUACAAUCAAAAAAUUUCAUAAACGUACAUUAUAUGCAAAUGUUGUUAAUGAUUUUUUGGUUUCAAUAAAAACUUCUUCACUUUACUUUCUUGAUGAUGAUUUAACUAAUGGUAUUCGUAGUUUAGGUUUAAUUGAGAAUUUGAAACACCUCUUAAUAACUUUUUAUCCUCCAAAUAUCACAAAAGAUUACCUUGAUAGAUCAUUCUCUGGUAUAUCUCCUAUUAUUCAUGAUAGGAUUUAUGAACCUAAGGAUAUUCCUUCUCCAUCACAAAAUCAUUUAUUGAUUGAAGAAAAGAUUGCCAGAAAUUGGCAUAAAGAUAUGAGCUGGAGAAAAGUUUUAGUACAUAUAGAAGGUGCAGCUCACAUGGAUGUAGUUGUGAGAAGAAAAUGGUUGAAUUCUGCUGGAACUCAAGUUAUUGAACAUUUAUUAAAUUAUCAUGAAUUAUAA